CCACGCACGCGCAACAAGCCAUCGCACCUUCCGGGGUUGUGUGCACACGUCAUUGCACUUCUGCCCUGUGUGUACACACAGUCUUAGCCCUAUCUGCCCUCCCCCCCUGCACCAUUCACCGCACAGGGCGCUGCGAGUAACCCAGUGUUCCGAGCCUACUUGUGACCACUGCAGGGGGCUUCCUUCGGGGUGUGCAUUUUGUGCUGCUGCUGUAGGAAUCAAAUAAUUCAGGAUGAAUUUCCUCAGGGGAGUGAUGGGAGGGCAGCAACCCUCUGGAGUUCAACAGUCCGGAACCCAGACCAUCCAGAAGCUGUGCGACAGAGUUGCCUCUGCCACUCUGCUAGAUGACAGAAGAGAUGCAGUUCGAGCCCUUAAAUCCUUAUCAAAGAAAUAUCGCUUGGAUGUGGCCACUCAAGCUAUGGAUCAUCUUAUCAAUGUUCUACAGACAGACCGUUCCGAUUCUGAAAUAAUUGGUUAUGCGUUGGACACUUUAUACAAUAUAAUGUCAAAUGACGCCGAUGAAACAGCUGAAUCUGAAGAUGAGAACCAGCAGAUAACCCCAGAUGAUUUAGGAGUCCAGUUUUCUGAAACCUUCAUUAAGCAGCAAGAUAAUAUCACUCUUCUGUUGUCACUUUUGGAGGAGUUUGAUUUUCAUGUACGAUGGCCCGGGAUAAAACUGCUGACAACACUAUUAAAACAUCAAGGCACUCAAGUACAGCAAAUUGUUUUAGUAAGCCCAAUGGGUGUUUCAAGACUUAUGGAUUUAUUAGAUGAUUCCAGAGAGGUGAUACGUAAUGAUGGUCUUUUGUUGCUCCAGCAACUUACUAAAAGUAAUGCUGCCAUUCAGAAAAUUGUUGCUUUUGAAAAUGCAUUUGAAAGACUUCUUGACAUUAUCACAGAAGAAGGAAAUAGCGAUGGAGGAAUCGUGGUAGAGGACUGUCUUUUGUUGAUACAGAGCCUUUUGAAGCAUAACAACUCAAAUCAAAACUUCUUCAAAGAAGGCUCGUACAUCCAACGAAUGAAACCUUGGUUUGAAGUGGGGGAUGACAACUCUGGAUGGUCUGCACAGAAAGUCACAAAUCUCCAUUUAAUGCUGCAGCUUGUCCGGGUCUUGGUGUCUCCAGUAAAUCCUCCUGGUGCAACCAGCAGUUGCCAGAGGUCCAUGUUCCAGUGCGACCUCCUCCAGCAACUCUGCAUUAUCUUAAUGGCAACUGGGGUACCUGCUGAUAUCCUAACCGAGACAAUCAACACUGUGUCUGAAGUGAUUAGAGGAAGUCAGGUUAACCAGGACUACUUUGCUUCAGUAAAUGCUCCAUCAAACCCUCCAAGGCCUGCUAUUGUGGUGCUGCUGAUGUCAAUGGUAAAUGAAAGACAGCCAUUUGUUUUGAGAUGUGCGGUGUUAUACUGCUUUCAGUGCUUCUUGUACAAGAACCAAAGCGGGCAAAGAGAAAUUGUGGCUACAUUACUUCCUUCUACUAUUGACGCUAAUGCUCUAUCAGCUGGGCAACUGCUGUGUGGAGGUCUCUUUUCUACGGACUCACUCUCCAACUGGUGUGCAGCGGUUGCACUGGCUCAUGCCUUGCUAGAGAAUGCUACACAGAAAGAGCAACUACUGAGAGUACAACUUGCUACAAGUAUUGGUAACCCACCAGUAUCACUGCUUCAACAGUGUACAAACAUUCUCUCACAGGGGGAUAAGCUCAUCAGACGGGGAAGCAAGGUGCAGACAAAAGUCGGACUCCUGAUGCUGCUUUGCACUUGGUUAACCAACUGUCCUAUUGCUGUCACACAUUUUCUUCAUAAUGCGGCAAAUGUGCCAUUUCUUACUGCACAGAUUUCAGAAAACCUUGGAGAAGAAGAGCACUUGGUACAGGGCCUGUGUGCUCUGCUUCUGGGCAUAUGUAUAUACUACAAUGAUAACUCCUUGGAAAACAAUACCAAAGAUAAAUUGAAGCAACUGAUAGUAAAGAGGAUUGGAAAAGAGAACUUCACAGAGAAACUAGGCUUCAUUACUAAGCAUGAGUUCUACUCCAAAGCUGCACAGAAACCCCAACCCAUAUUUUCCAGUCCUGACUACAUGUUGUUUGACCAUGAAUUUACCAAACUUGUAAAAGAGCUGGAAGUUGUAAUUACGAAAGCCAUCUAUAAAUCUAGCGAAGAAGACAAGAAAGAGGAGGAAGUGAAAAAGUCUUUGGAGCAACAUGACAACAUUGUUUCCCGCUACAAAAACAUCAUCAGGGAGCAGGACAUGAAAAUUGAAGAGUUGAAGCAAACUGUUGCUGCUCUACAAGCAACAAAUGAGCAGAACCAGUCAACCAUGUCCUUACAAUUGGGUCAAAUUCAGCAACACAAAGACCAAUACAAUCUUCUCAAGGUGCAACUAGGGAAAGACAAUCACAGUUCCCAAAACAGUACUACACAAAUGAAUGGCUUUCAACCUGAGGAGGUCAGUCGGUUAAAAGAAGAAAUAGAAGAACUAAAAAAACAGCAUGAUAUACUACAAGGAGAACUGUCACAGAAGAAUGUUCUUAUAGAAUCCAUGCAACAAAGCCAAGUGGAUAGCCAAACAGAUGAAAUGACUGGUGUAUCUGAAAAAUCUGCAGAGCUUCAAAAGGAACUUGAGAUGUUACGAUCCCAGUUACACAUUCAGUCUGCAGAAAUAAACAGACUACAAGCUGAGAGAAUGGAGCUUCUUCAGAAAACAGAAAUAAGUGGUUCACUUUCUGCCUCAUUUGAUCCAUCAGUAAACUCACAGUCAAACACAGAAAUGGAACAUAAAGUGGCUGAAUUAUUGAAGGAGAUUGCAGGACUGAAGGAAGAGCUUAAAAAUCAGUCUGAGGAAAAGUCAUCUUUAAAACAGCAGCUAGACACGGCUCAAAGUACAGCAGCCAUUUUACAGGAUGAAAAUCAGCAAUUAAAGCAGGAGCUGUCUGAAUCUAAGAAGGAACAAGACGACCUCCUUGUUCUCCUCGCUGAUCAAGAUCAGAAGAUAUUUGGUCUGAAGAAAAAACUGAAAGAACUUGGAGAGCCAGUUGAGGAUGAAGAUGAUUUGGAGUCUGGUGAUGCAGGAGAUGAAGAUGACCUUGAUGAUGAUGACGACGACGACGAGAAUGUCAGAGAUGAAGACGACUAGCACAUUUUCUCAAUAACAAGCUGUCGUGAUGUCUGUUCUUGAAAGAUCAAUUGAGAUUUUCUAAUGCAGCCAAAUAGCAUUUGAGUAGUUCAGGGGAUAGAGUUUGCCAAAGGGACUGCUAUUUAAGUUUUACAGCUGUUCACAUAUUUCUGUUAAAGAUUAUAGAAAAAAAAUCAAGCAACUCGUUGAGAAAACAAGAAACCCAGGAUCUCUAGUAUGUAAGCUUUGAAACACUAUCUGCAGUAAACCCCCGGCAGUGUUAUUCUCGCACUACAUUAUUUGUUGUGCUUUAGGCUGCCUCUCCCAUUGGUAAGCAUUGACAUGCAAUGUUAAAUGGUGUAUACCAAAAACUGAAGGUCAUCAUCUUCUCUUUCCCAAAAGUCUACAUCUGCUGCUUGUACUAUUCUGCAGCAAUAAACAUCACAGAGUCUUACCCCAACCACAGUUUUUGCUCUUUUAAAUGUUAAUGGAGACUAUUGGGUUAAUUGAGCGCAGAGUGUAAAUCUAUUCAGACUGCAUUUUGUUUUAGCUUGUAUAUGACUGUCAUAGAGCUGAGAAAAUAUGUAUAGUGCCUUCACGCCGGAGACGGCUGCAUUUCUUGCAAUCCACGUGAAGGUGUCUGUGUUGGUUGUUACUCGGGAUCUCCUGACCUUUUAUUAGCACCAUGAGAAUAACUUUUUAAUGAAGAUGGUUCAUAAAGUGCUGUAACAGCCCUUGGGUAUUGGCAGGUUUACUGUACAAUCACAUAGAAACAGAUGCAAAUAUUCAUAUAAUUUAUUGACCUUGGAUGGCCAAAAGGAAUUAAGUAAAGAAUUUUAUGAGUGAAAAAUAUAAAUUACAUUAAUUUCAUGUUUUACAAAUAAAAAAAUAUGGAAUUUACUAAUACUUCCCUACUUGCAGGAUUGUUUUAAUGUAAUAUUGCUUCAUUUUUCUAAAUACAGCAUUUGGCUUCAUGGAAGGUGGCCUUGUAACAAACACCGCAAUAAAUAUUUUAUAUACUA